CGGCAACUGGACCAGUUGGGCACUUGGUGCUCGCUGAACUUCCUCCAGGUUAAUCCCCUGAAGUCUGGGGCCAUGGUCUUUGGGCCAAUCUCGCAAAAUCCGCGUCGUCGUCCGGCUGCGUGUCUGCGUCUAGCUGGGGAAAGUGUUCCCUGGCUGUCACAGCACAAGUAUGUCGGAAUCUGGUUCGAUUCGACAUGUCGCGACAUCUUCCGCGCACAUUACGAACAUAAGCACGACACGGCGGCACGCGUGUUCUGGAAGACGGUAAUGGGGUGCGAGUUGUAUGUGGGACGGGGUCGGCUACCAGCGGAUGUCUCUUGUCAGCUGUACUAUGCACUGCUGGACCCGCAUUUUACCCACGGCUGCGACGUUAUGUUGGAUGUGGAUCCACAGUCCUUUGGUCGUUUAGAGCGGCUGAAUCGGUCAAUUCUUAGGCGCAUUCUGGGUCUUGGACGGCGUUCCGGCAUUGCUCAACUUUACUCAGAACUCGGUAUCUACCCUCUUGAAGUACGACGUGCUCAGCUGGCUCUGCGGUUCUUGCGCUACCUACUUGAUCUCCCUGCCUCCCAACUAGCUUACAAGGCUCUGGCCGAAUCUGACUGCCUGCGUCGCAAGAACAAGUCCUCGUGGAUGGGCGACUUGGCCCUCGUCCUCGCGCAAUUGCCGUUCCCGAUGCCUAGGCUCCCGUCGCUGGCCCGCUUGUCAACAACCGUCGUCGAUAGCCUGCUCGCAGACCUACGUCAUGGUGCGGGACGGUGGAUAUAUAACAAGGUCAAUACCAUGGUCUCGCUUCCCUUACUCCACGGAAGGCUAGAGCCGCUGAAGGAUAAGCCCUCCCGCAUUAUCCGAAUCUGCCGGCGGCAUUAUCUGUCGCGCGUACCGCACACAAAUCACCGUCUUGCCCUGACAAGGCUGCUGUGUGGGUCUUUCUUCUUCCGCGGACUGCACUCGCACCCGGAGAGGUUUGCACAAGAAACCCUGCUCUGCCGUCGGUGUGGGGAGGCGCCGGAGACGCCGGGACAUGUCUUCAUGCAAUGUCGAGCGCGGGAGACAGUGGAGUUGCGCGUGGAGCUAAGGGAGAUGCUGGCAGCCAGAUACGGCGUUCGCCUCGGAAAUACACCGACCUCGCGGAGAGCAGCAGAGGAUCUGAUGCGUGACUUGAUAUUCCACUGGGAGACAGUGGUCCCCAUGGCGCGCUUCAUCUACGGCGUUUGCAAGACCUGGAGCUGGUUUGGGCGUAAGCUUCCAUCCAUGGCUUCGGAAUUGGCACCGGAGUCGGUCGACGAGCUGGAGAGGAGCGAUGGAGAGAAUUCAGUGGGGGAGAUGGAGUAG